AGCAAUUUACUGUGUUCCUGUUCCAGGGAGAAGUAUCACCCGGGAAGACAACAGAAGAGGACAAAGAACUGGACAAUGCUCAGGUUUGCUGUCACCCUCUUUGCUGUCAUAACGUCAUCCACCUGCCAAAAAUACGGAUGCCUGGAAGGGGACACCCAAAAACUGAAGCCAAGUCCUGAGUCAGAUAUGCAGGAGUGCACUCUGUACUCUAAAUCUUCGUGUUGCUAUGCAGACUUCACAGAGCAGUUGGCUCAUUCCCCGGUAAUUAAAGUAAGCAACAGCUACUGGAACAGAUGUGGGCAGCUCAGUAAAUCCUGUGAAGAUUUCACAAAGAAAAUCGAGUGCUUUUACCGGUGUUCUCCACACGCUGCUCGCUGGAUCCAUCCCAAUGACACCGCUGCUAUUCAGGCUGUUCCACUGUGUCAAAGCUUUUGUGAUGACUGGUACGAAGCCUGCAAAGAUGACUCCACAUGUGUUCGUAACUGGCUGACGGACUGGGAAUGGGAUGAAAGUGGAGAAAACCACUGUAAGAAUAAAUGUAUCCCAUACAGUGAGAUGUACGCAAAUGGGACUGACAUGUGCCAGAAUAUGUGGGGGGAGUCAUUCAAGGUGAGCAAAUCCUCCUGCCUCUGCUUGCAAAUGAACAAGAAGGACACGAUUGCAAUCAAGUAUCUCCUCUCCAAGAGCUCUGAGGAAAGCUCCAGCAGCAGCAGCAGCAGCAGCAGCGAGGAGCACACCUGCCAAAAAAAACUCCUGAAGUUUGAGAAACCAGAGGAAGAGGAAGGUGAACAGACAAGAUAAAUGCUGGUGGAUGUAUGUCAGGACAAGAGAAAUCAUCAUGGAGGCUGGGCUCAGGGCAUCAUGCCAGCCUGCUUUAUUCCUUGCUUCCUAGAACAUAAUAAAUCAAUGGCUGGUUGUAUUAA